UUAAAUUUUCCCCAAUAUCUUUGUAUCUCCAUUUCAGAUGAAUUGUUCUCUUUCCAAGGGUUGAGGAGAACAUGGUCGUGGUUCAAGUGAAGCCACUACAGCCACUGCCUGACAAGUCUUCCACACUGACAGUGGCAGCAAACACACAAGGGAGGAUGGUGUGGUGGACAAGAGGAUGCAGGGAGACGGCAGACAGAAUGGAAGCUACAGAUGAAAGAAGAGCAGGUCAAGCCAUGGCAGCAGACAGACAGACAGAGACAGAUUGGAUCAGAAAGUAUUAUUAUUUAGUGAGACAGGCCCACUGGAAGCUGUCAGUCUGCUGCGGCACGUGGCAAGAACCAAGUGUUGAGGAGCACACGUUGUCCCUUCACCAGUCAGCAGACUGCUCGCCUUCACAGGUCUGGGCGGCUCGGAAGUCUCACUACAAACUGGAGAUCCAUUCUCUUGGACACAGCUGGAGUCGGACACAAGAUUCAAGAGGGAGUCAUUUUAACGAGAGCUUCAGGCAGAAAAUUCGAGUGGAUUUUCAUUUCUAAAAAUAUCUUAUUUUUUGGGGGGGAUAUUUUGAAUCCUUCUUUGUGGAAAAAUAACUCCAGAUAUUAUGAUUCUAGCUGGAAGUUGACCUGAGCAAUGUAGGGUUUGCUGCUGUGAGAUUAUCACCAAGUCACAAGUGUCCGGGAUUUAAAGAUGAUGGAAAUGUGUCCUGUGUGCUGCUGUGCUGGGAAGAGGAGAGGAGCAGCAGCAGUGGUGGGGCUCUGCUGCUGCUGUCACUAGUGCAGCUGCCUUCCCUCAACAUACUGUGUCUUCUCUCACCUGCAAUGAACAACUAUGAACAAUACUUUUGCGAUGAAGAACAGUGAAUAACACCUCUCCCCAUAUGGUUGCAAGUCUCUCUCUCUCUCUCUCUCUCUCUCUCUCUCUCUCUCUCUCUCUCUCUCUCUCUCUCUCUCUCUCUCUCCACAGUCCUACAGUAUGUCCCCCCCAGUAUGUUUACAAACCCACAGUGACUCCCCACAGCCCCUCACCAACACCCUCACCAACAAUUGUCUCCACACACACACACACACACACACACACACACACACACACACACACACCAUUACAUACACAAAUGUUGCAAUCUUGUACACACACACACACACACACACACACACACACACACACACACACACACACACACACAAA